CUCCUUGUUCGAGGAGACGUGAGGCCGCCCUGACAACAGAGUCUCCGCUCCUACCCAUCCUCUCUCUCUCUCUCUCUCUGCCCCUAGCACGAGUCGGCAACCGUCAAAAAGCACAGUCCUUUGUUUUAGUUGUAGCUGAUCUUACAGCCUCUCCUGGUUUUAUUUAAUCACAUAGUAUAUAAUUUACCAUGGCGGCGAGUGCGAAACGAAAACAAGAGGAGAAACACCUGAAGAUGCUGAGAGAAAUGACGAGUUUGCCUCCCAAUAGAAAGUGCUUUGACUGCGACCAGCGCGGCCCAACCUAUGCCAACAUGACCAUGGGCUCUUUCGUUUGUACCUCCUGCUCUGGCAUCCUACGAGGACUGAAUCCACCCCAUAGAGUCAAGUCAAUCUCCAUGACAACUUUCACGCAACAGGAAAUCGAGUUUCUACAGAAACACGGCAAUGAGGUGUGUAAACAGAUCUGGCUUGGUCUUUAUGAUGACAGAACCACAUCGGUACCAGACUUCAGAGAACCACAGAAAGUCAAGGAGUUCCUUCAAGAGAAAUAUGAAAAGAAGAGAUGGUAUGUCCCUCCUGAACAGGCCAAAGUAGUGGCAUCAGUCCAUGCUUCCAUCUCUGGCUCCUCAAACAGCAGCACUAGCAGCACCCCAGAAGUUAGACCACUAAAAUCCCUGCUGGGGGAGUCGGCCCCAACUCUACACCUCAACAAGAACACACCACCAAAUCAGUCUCCAGUGGUGAGCCGUGGACUAACCCAUCAACAGCAGUUCCAUGAUAAGAAGUUUGACCUCCUCAGUGACUUGGGUGGAGACAUCUUUGCUGCCCCUCCCAAUGUGAAUGCAACAGCCAGUUCCAGUUUUGCUAACUUUGCACAUUUCAACAGCCACACAACGGCACAGAAUGCCAACGCAGAUACAGACUUUGCUAAUUUUGAUGCAUUCGGGAGCACUUCUGGGUCAUCAGGUGGUUUCCCUUCUGCAUCCCAAGCCCCAUUUCAACCUUCAAAUACAGGUAGCGCCCCAGGGGGACUAGCAAAUGCCAAUUUUGCAAAUUUUGACAACUGCCCCAAAUCGUGUAGUGCUGACUUUGGAUCCUUCAGUUCCUCCUCCCAGAGUAACUCCACUGGAGCUGGAAAAGACCCUGUACAGAGUAGUAGCCUUCCUGCCGAUAGAUACGCAGCCCUGGCUGACCUGGAUAACAUGUUUAGCUCUGCCAAAACAGAGCAAGGAGGUGGUAUUCCUGGUGGGGUGAGCUCAGCUGCAGCAGCAGGUUUGCCUCAGAAGCUGCCACCAGGUCCUGCAGGGGGGGACCGCUAUGCUGCUCUCGCCGAGCUUGAUACUGUUUUCAGUUCUUCAGCCCCUGCCACCAGUGUUUACAACACCUCCAGCACCUCACAAGGAAGUGUGUUUGGUUCAGAGACGGUGGUUUCAACAGCACAAGCGCAGCAGGCCAUGUCUGGCAUGGCUCAAGGUUUUGGAGCAGCACAAUCAACCAAUCCAUUUGUAGCUGCGGGUGUUCCUCCGGUAGCGGCUCCCACCAACCCGUUUCAAUGCAACGGCAGAGCAGCAAGCGUGGCAGCUGCAGCAGCAUCUUUUGGCACAGGCUCAAUGAGUAUGCCGUCUGGAUUUGGGAAUGCUGCCGCCUACAACCUCCCCACCAGUUUUAGUGGAACAUUCCAUCCAGCCUUUCCUGGCCAGGCUCCCUUCCCUCAGCCUCAAGCGUUUCCACAGCAACCCAAUGGUGGAGGAUUUCCAGCUUUUGGCCAGGUCAAACCUGUUGUGACUCCUUUUGGACAGGCAAUGGCAGGACCUAUGGUCCCUAGCAACCCUUUUCUGGUUAGUAUGGUGGCUGUGUAGUAAUUUAACAUUUCAAAGGUCUUUAAAAAGAUCAUUCUGGCUGAGAUUGGCAGCAACGCAGGGUGGCAGAAAUGGUACAAUAAAACACACACUCUACACACAAUCAUUUAUUCAAAAAGAUGUCUUGAAAAAGAAAUGUGAGCUUUGAAAUAAAAUUUAAUAAUCUUCAUCGGGCCAAACAAGAUGACCAAUCAUAACAUUUACAGAGCUCUCUGCCUCCAGUAUAUUUAAAGUUUCUUUGAAUUCAUUUAACUGAAACCAGUUUCUUGAGAUUCAGGACAGCUCCAUGGGGAAAUUUUGAUAAUCUAGCUCUUCUUUUUCAUUUGUUUCUUUAAAGGAUUAAAAUGGGUUCUUUACCAGUUAUGUUUAAGUUGCUCUAUAAUCUGCGUAUUAUUAUUUUUUGUCAAGCAAAGCCACAUGUGGCUCCAGCUACAUACUCCAUCAACAUAGAAAUUGUCAAGUUGUUUUAGUAUUAUUUCAAUUUUCCCCAACUUGAUAAGGAAUGACAUCCACCUGGAGCUCUACACCGGACUUCACUCGAAUAACCAAGCAGCAGUCAAUUAUUUCUUUUCUACUUUCUUUCCUUUCUUUUCUUUAUUUAGACUUUAGUAGGAAGAAAAGUUGUGAAAUAUGUUUCCUUUGCCAUCUCUUUUGGUCUUUUAUCAGGUGAAAAACCUUCAAAUGAAACAAAAAGAAUACACAUAACUUAUAGUUCAGUUGACACACAACAAUUCUUUGAAAUAAAAAAAACAAAUAAAUGCAUUUCAUUAUUUCUGUAUGAAUAGUAUAAAUAUCAAACUUGAUUUGCCAACUACUACAUUUUUUUGUAAAUAUUUAUUUAUUUAUUUUUAAACCCAACUGAUGUCAAUAUUUCUCUUAAAUUAAAAUCACCAUUUAGCACAAGAGUAGCAUUUGCCUACACACAUUAACAACACUUAAUCCUCCUCAUAAGUCCAGCACAGGAAGCUCUGUCAUUCAAGAAGUUCCGUCAUCCUCGUCACAGCGCUGGAUUAAUCGCUACAUUAAAUCAGUCCGUCAACUGGCAGAUCAGCGAUCAUUCUUAAAAUCAGAAAGAAUUUAUUCUCUUACCAGCUGCCUCUCCAGUCUCUUAUGGAUGUCUCUUAGUUUUUCCCCAACUCCGCUAAACAAUGUGACAGAAAUGUUUGGCGGCGUCUCCUUCCGACAUUAGCACUUCUCCACUGAUCAGCUGUUAGUCCCAGCUGUGGCUGCGUGACGUCACAGAUAAGCUUUCUCCCCGCUCGCUCUGAUGAUCUAUUUUCCCCACACGAAGUUUGACUGAACAGAAAUAGUCAUCUUUCGUCAGUCAUCUCUAGUCAUUUAAGUUUUCUGACUGUGUUGGUGUCCUUCCUUCA